CCGCAGUGGCAGACACCAUGGUGACGAACACUGCGGCUGCAGCUGCCAUGGUGACGGACACCAUGAUGAGAGUCACAACACCAUCACUCAUUACACCGACGGCCACCAUGGUGACACCCAUUACGCCCACAGCCAUCACGCCGACGACUGUCGCUGUGACAAUCAUAUCAGCAGCAAACGAUACACUGACAACUGCCACUGCCGGCGUCUCUAACACAACGGCAACAGAACAGCCCAUCCCAGCCUUCAUCACAGCGAGUUCGUCUACACCAGUGGCAGGUGCGACUAAUGAUGGUGCUGGCGUGGCUACGUGCACCUGCAGCGCGCCGCCAGUGUCCGACCCAGUGUGUGACAGCGAGGGCAACACACACAGCAACGCUGAAGUCCUGAGCUGCGCCAUCCAAUGCCUCCUCGUGGCGUCAGACGUGAAGCUGCUUCGCAGGGGGCCCUGCGACUCUCUGCCGACCGUGUGACAGCGGGACUCCGUGAGGACGUCAUGUGACGUUCAGUCUGCUCGUCAGCACUGUAGAAGCAGGCGCCAAUGAGACCGAUGGACAGGACUCAUUGAAUUGAAAGAGAUGGAUAAAGAAGGCGUGCGGUCUUACAUCAACUGCCUGUAAUUUUGAUGCUUCAUUCGA